UUCCAAACCCCCAAAUGCCAGGAAAAGGAAACUCAAGAGAAAUCGAAACUGCAGCGGAGGAAGGAUCCAAGUUCCCGGCCCGCCGUCCCGGAGGCCCGGCCAUGAACGCGCCCCAGCCCCUGCGCCCCGGCGCGCGCCCCGGCUAUGAGAUGCUCAAGGAGGAGCACGAGGUGGCGGUGCUGGGCGCGCCCGGCAGCGCGGCCCCCAGGGCGGCCACCGUGAUCGCCAUCCAGCCCGAGACCGCCGUGCCCGACCACGUCGUCUGGUCCCUGUUCAGCGCGCUCUUCAUGAACUUCUGCUGCCUGGGCCUGGCGGCCUUCGCCUACUCCUGCGUGCUGACGGAGGAGCGGUACGUGCUGUUUGGACGCCGUUGUCUGUCCUGUGUCGCCUGCCUGUCCACUUUGCCGACUCAGCCCUGA